CUAAGAUUGUGAAGGGCGCUUGGACGGAGGUGGACGUCACGAAGUCCCGUGCCCGCGCGCCUAGCUAUUCGCGACUUUGCGAACCCCAAGCUCUUCACAACUUCGGAACCUUGCAACUUCUGCUACAUUGCACAACGCAUACCAUCCCAUCUCAAAAAUGGAGAGAGAGCAUCAGCGAUGCUAUAUCUAUGCACCUCCCGCGACAGAAGAGCGUCCACUGAAACGUCAGCGAACCAGCAAAUUCAAUCCUCAGGCCCAGCUGCCGGAGCGCCUGUCAACGUUCCGGCACAUAUGGUCGCAACAAGAAGAACGCAUUAAGGCGACGCUUGAAGAGGCGGACAGCUCUACACAAGAGAGGAUCGUCAAUUUCGUAGCUGCAUCAGCUCAAUCAACAGGCGAGUCGCAAGGGGCAAUCCCCACGGGUCUAAUUGUCGCCGGUCCUAGCAUUGCAUCCCAUGGACCCUUCUUUGAGCGGCUUGGUAGAAGGAUCAGAGAUCGGACGAGCUGCACCUAUGUUGUCCUGACAUCUGGGGAAAGCCUGAACCUAAAGACGUUCCUAAAGAAUGUUAUCAAGAAGGUCACAUCGCGCGUCGAUGACGAUGACGACGACGACCUAGGACGCACCCCUGCUUCAUCGAGGAAAGGUCCUAAGUUGCUCGAUUUUGAUCUCGGCCACGUCCAGGAAUGGCAGAAAAAGAACCGAGUUGAGAGUAUCGUCGUAGUGAUCCAAGACAGCGAAGCAUUCGAUACAGGGAUACUUGUCGAGAUAGUUAAUCUCUUCCAUUCCUGGCUUGACCGUCUUCCAUUUAUUCUCCUCUUCGGCAUCGCUACCUCAGCAGAAAGCUUCGAAGACCGACUGUCGGGGCAUUCGCUUCGCUACCUUGAGGGACAAAAGUUCGAUGUCACACAAUCCGACGAGAUCAUCGAAAAACUGUUCCGCGUAACGGUUGCCAUGACUGACAUUCCUCUUUGGAUUGGACCCAAUCUCAGUCGACGUAUGCUUGACAGGCAAAGGGACCAUGUGCAGAACGUCCAGGACUUCGUGGAUGGCUUGAAGUAUGCUUACAUGUCGCACUUCUAUGCUAGCUAUCCAACAAUUAUCCUGAAAGAGGAUCUCGCCUUCAAAGAUUUGCCUUCGGACGCGUUUGAGGCGGUCCGUAACCUUCCAUCCUUCAGAGUAUGGAUAGAAGAACUUCUGGAUCAGCGACGUGCGAGCGACGUUCGCCAGUUGCUCGAUGACGAUCAGUAUCUCUUCGAAGGCAUCGUGGAGUAUGUUGAAGAAUGCCGAAAGGCCCUUUCAACUCUUAGCCAGGCAGCAAGAGCCCUGGCAUGCAUCCGCGAAUCCCUACAAAUGUCGCCACAUGUUCAUCUAUCCACUAUCUGGACUCGGGCGGCAUCGGGUGAACUGCUAGCAACCCCUCUGCUCCGAGAGACGAUGCUGUCCAUAAAGAAAACACCAUCCAACAAGCUGGUUCAACUGCUGGUUUCCAUGAUGGACUCGGACGGCGAGGCGUUCCCUAUCGACAUUACAGCGUUCCAGCGGGAGUUGGCUGACCUGAUCAAGGACAACGCCAGCUCAGCACCGCUCCGAAGUCAGGACGACGUUCGCAGUGACAGCCUGAGAACAACGGUAGUCGCGCAGAAAGUGCUGCUGAGCAAGCACAAAGCUGCCCUCUCCGAGCAAGAUAAAGCCUACUCCGACUUGAUAGGAAGAUUUCAUGACGGCCUCGAGGCCUACUUCUCAUCCGCCUUCAUGGACCCGCGCACGCUGUUCCUGUCCGAGAUUGUAAUGCACGAUCUCAAGUCACCACACACAGAGGUCUUCCAGCCCAAGCCUCGCUUUGCGAUUGAACGCGCACUUGCAUGUCCUCACGACUACCUGGGGUGCGACUGCUGUAGUGGGCAGCAGAAUGAAGACUCUGCUCUGUCGACCACCCAGCCUGCGACUGCGAUUCUAUACCAGCUUUACCUUGAAUCCGGAGCGUUCAUCAACGCGGCAGACUUGUGGUCGGCUUUCAACGCAGUUGUCGGGAACGAGGAGAAAGAAGAAGAGGAAGAGUCAAAGACUAUGGCGCUCUUCCAACGUGCUCUAGCUGAGCUGAAGUACCUAGGUCUGGUCAAGCCCACCAGAAAGAAGACGGAUCACGUCGCAAAGAUGAUGUGGAAAGGCUUGUAGCCUGUGUCGUUGCCAUAACGACAUAUAUAUUACAAAAU